CUUUGUUCGGUCUCGCUUUGUAAAUGGUACCCUUAAUCCAUUCACUUUCAGCACCUGUCCGCAGCUCCCGAAAAAACCCUAGACAAAAAUAAAAAUAAAAAUGCAAAUCCAUAAAUACCCCUCGCCUCUCUCUCCCAACCCCACUAUAUGAACCGCCCAGGCUCCUCCUCCUAACUCCUCAUCUAGAUUAUUCUUCCGUAGACGAAUUUGCUACCAGCAGAAUCUGAUUAUCUGAACCCGAAACCCUUCUCUCUCUCUCUCUAUCUGUAACUCCGAUUUCAUUUCUUCUUAUUCUCCUCGCUGUGUAAUCGCAGCUUACUGAACUUUAUGCUUCCAAGAAAGAGAGCUGGCGAAGGAGUGGUUGUAGAAGAAGAAGAGACUGACAUUAACAACAGUACAGAAACCUCUUCCCUUAAGAAGCAUCGGAUCGGUGACAUCUCCGCCGCCGAAUCAACGGUGAACAACAGCAGCAGCAAUAGCAACAACAGCCUCGGCAAUAAUAACGUCAAUAGUGGUAAUAGUGUAGCUAAGGAAGAACAAGGACACUCGCUCACCAUGUCCCCAGGUGAUCCUGCUGAUAUCGAUGAGGAUCUGCACAGCCGGCAGUUGGCCGUCUACGGCCGUGACACGAUGCGGAGGCUCUUCGCGUCGAACGUUCUUAUCUCUGGGUUGCAGGGUCUUGGUGCUGAAAUUGCGAAGAACCUCAUUCUUGCUGGAGUCAAGUCUGUGACUUUGCACGAUGAAGGGAAUGUGGAGCUUUGGGAUUUGUCCAGUAAUUUUAUUUUUUCCGAGAAUGAUGUUGGUAGGAACCGAGCGCUUGCCUCUGUUCAAAAGUUGCAAGAGCUCAACAAUGCUGUUGUUGUGCAAGCUUUGACAACAAAUUUGACUAAGGAACAACUUUCUGAUUUUCAGGCUGUUGUCUUCACUGACAUCGGUCUUGAAAAAGCUAUUGAAUUCAAUGAUUACUGUCAUAAUCAUCAGCCUCCUAUUGCCUUCAUUAAAUCUGAAGUCAGGGGUCUUUUUGGUUCUGUCUUUUGUGAUUUUGGACCUGAGUUCACUGUUUUUGAUGUUGAUGGAGAGGAGCCCCAUAGUGGUAUUAUUGCAUCCAUUAGCAACGACAACCCUGCUCUAGUAUCAUGUGUCGAUGAUGAAAGACUCGAAUUUCAGGAUGGGGAUUAUGUUGUAUUCUCUGAAGUUCGGGGAAUGAUCGAAUUGAAUGAUGGAAAACCAAGAAAGAUCAAGAGUUCUAGGGCUUAUUCAUUUGCUCUUGGGGAGGAUACCUCAAAUUUUGGUGCUUAUGAGAGAGGUGGUAUUGUUACACAGGUGAAACAGCCCAAAGUAUUGAAGUUUAAGCCAUUGAGGGAAGCACUUAGUGAUCCUGGUGAUUUUCUUUUGAGUGAUUUCUCCAAGUUUGAUCGACCACCCCUCCUUCACUUGGCGUUCCAAGCUCUGGAUAAGUUUGUAUCUGAUUUGGGUCGUUUCCCUGUUGCGGGCUCAGAGGAGGAUGCUCAGAAGCUUGUAUCUAUUGCUGGUAACAUCAAUGAAAGUUUGGGAGAUGGUAAAUUAGAAGACAUAAAUCCAAAAAUUCUGCGGCACUUUGCCUUCGGUGCAAAGGCAGUACUGAACCCCAUGGCUGCCAUGUUUGGUGGUAUUGUUGGACAAGAAGUAGUAAAAGCUUGCUCUGGAAAGUUUCAUCCACUCUUCCAGUUCUUCUACUUUGACUCGGUGGAGUCACUUCCAGCAGAGCCGCUAGACUCUAGUGAUUUUAGACCGUUAAACAGUCGCUAUGAUGCACAGAUUUCAGUUUUUGGGUCCAAGCUUCAGAAGAAAUUGGAAGAUGCUAUUGUAUUCAUUGUUGGAUCUGGUGCACUAGGCUGUGAGUUCUUAAAAAAUGUAGCCUUGAUGGGGGUUUCCUGUGGAAACCAAGGGAAGCUGACGAUAACAGAUGAUGAUGUAAUUGAGAAGAGUAACCUUAGCCGGCAAUUCCUUUUUCGUGAUUGGAAUAUUGGGCAGGCCAAGUCCACAGUUGCUGCUUCUGCUGCCGCUUCAAUCAAUCCCCAUCUAAAUAUUGAAGCCUUGCAGAAUCGAGUUGGCUCUGAAACUGAGAAUGUUUUCGAUGACACCUUCUGGGAGAAUGUAAAUGUUGUAAUUAAUGCGCUAGACAAUGUCAAUGCCCGUCUUUAUGUAGAUCAGAGGUGCUUAUAUUUCCAAAAGCCACUUCUUGAGUCUGGAACUCUUGGUGCCAAAUGCAACACCCAGAUGGUCAUUACUCACUUAACAGAGAAUUAUGGUGCCUCAAGGGACCCACCAGAGAAGCAAGCACCCAUGUGCACUGUGCACUCCUUCCCUCACAACAUUGACCACUGCUUGACAUGGGCACGAUCGGAAUUUGAGGGUUUGGUUGAGAAGACCCCUGCUGAAGUGAAUGCUUAUUUGUCCAACCCAAGUGAAUAUACAACUGCAAUGAGGAAUGCUGGUGACGCCCAGGCGAGGGAUACAUUGGAUCGAGUUCUUGAGUGUCUUGACAAAGAGAAAUGCGAGAAUUUCCAAGAUUGUAUUACCUGGGCUCGUCUAAAGUUUGAAGAUUAUUUCUCCAACCGUGUGAAGCAGUUGAUUUUUACUUUCCCUGAAAAUGCUGCAACUAGUACUGGGGCUCCAUUUUGGUCAGCCCCUAAGCGGUUCCCCCAGCCACUGCAGUUCUCAGCUGCUGAUUCUGGUCACCUUCAUUAUGUUAUGGCAGCAUCAAUAUUGCGAGCUGAGACAUUUGGCAUUCCAAUUCCCGACUGGGUUAGAAACCCUAAGAAAUUGGCUGAAGCUGUUGAUAGAGUGAUAGUUCCUGAAUUUCAGCCAAGGGAAGGUGUCAAAAUUGAGACUGAUGAGAAGGCUACCAAUAUUAAUUCUGCUGCAUCUGUAGAUGAUGCCCUGGUAAUUAAUGAUUUGAUUUCAAGGUUGGAACAUUGCCGAGCCAACUUGGCACCAGGGUAUAAGAUGAAACCAAUUCAGUUUGAGAAGGAUGAUGAUACUAACUACCACAUGGAUCUUAUUGCUGGUCUUGCCAACAUGAGGGCCAGAAAUUACAGCAUUCCUGAGGUUGACAAGCUGAAGGCGAAGUUUAUUGCUGGAAGGAUUAUCCCUGCAAUUGCAACCUCUACUGCCAUGGCAACAGGUCUCGUAUGUCUGGAGCUUUACAAGGUUUUGGAUGGAGGCCACAAACUAGAGGACUACCGAAACACAUUUGCAAAUCUGGCACUACCAUUGUUCUCAAUGGCCGAACCAGUUCCUCCAAAGGUGAUCAAGCACCGUGACAUGAAGUGGACUGUUUGGGAUAGGUGGAUUGUGAAAGACAAUCCAACACUGAGGGAACUUCUGGAUUGGUUGAAGAACAAAGGCCUAAACGCUUACAGUAUCUCCUGUGGAAGUUGCCUGCUUUAUAAUAGUAUGUUCCCUCGUCACAAGGAUCGCAUGGAUAGGAAGAUGGUGGAUCUGGCAAGGGAAGUGGCUAAAGUAGAUUUACCUUCGUACCGUCGACAUUUGGAUGUGGUGGUGGCUUGUGAGGAUGACGAUGACAACGACAUCGACAUCCCAUUGGUAUCCAUUUACUUCCGUUGAGUUUGUACUCACUAAUCGGCCCGAUUCUGUUGGACUGUGAUUAUAGGAUGAGAGCCCUGAAAUAAGUUUUCUGAUUCCGUUUCAAAUUUACUUUCCUAUCUGCACACAUGUUGAAUAUUUUUCACAAGUCAUGUUUCAUAUAUACAGUAAAUCUGAAAGACCCUUCUUUUUUUCUUUGGAAAAAUCUGAAAGACCUUUAGUUGAA